AUGAUACAGAGCUCUGACCACUCUACAUCGGAUCCGGAAACACCCAAAACAUGGAAGCAAACGAUCGUCACUGGACUCGCUGCUUUCUGGCGCUUCUUCAAAACACCCACUGGCCUCCUCAUCACCAUGUACGGUUUGAACGUCGUGGCUUGGGGUGCCAUGCUCUUCUUCCUCAUCCUCAAAGCCGCACCCGCCAUGAACCAUCCCGAUGGUGGUGAUGCAAACUCCUCACCUCGCAAGAUCUGGAUUGAGAUUGACUCACAAAUCUUGAAUGCACUCUUCUGUUUGACGGCUUGGGGGCUUGCGCCGUGGAGAUUCAGAGACCUCUGGUGGCUGUGUGUAUGGCGUUUUGGGCGUAACACUGAAAGAAGCACAAGAGCGAUCAGGCGCUUAGCAGCAAGAAAUGUGAGCUGGUUUCGCCUGCAAGAGAACGAUCUGAUGGAUCAAGGAGAGGAGGGGGUGAACCCGGCAUUGAUCCGACGCAAGACUUUCUCAGGAGAAAGCGCGCCUCCUACAGCAUCUUGGAAGAUGGACUUUGUGGUAUGGAUGAUGGUGUUGAACACGCUAUUCCAAGUCGGCAUGGCAUUCAUGAUGUGGCAUUACAACAGGAUUGAGCGACCGACCUGGGGAGCUGGCUUGUUCAUUGGGCUUGGAUGUGGAGUCAGUAUGUUCAGUGGAGUGAUGUGUUGGUGGGAAGGAAGAAAGAUCAAGAAGAUUGAAGGCCCGAAAGUUGUGAAGGAAGAGAAGGAACUGGCAGAGGUUUAA